AGGUGCAUCCACUCUACCAGCCCUCCGAGACAAUCCAAUUCUGCCGGGACCAGGGCAUUGUGGUGGAGGCAUAUUCCCCGCUGGGCGGCGGCAGUGCGAGUAACCAGGCCAAAGCCACUGGCGGUGAACUGGACGGCACCAGGCUGCUUCUGACGCACCCCGUGGUGCUGUCGGCCGCGGCGAAGGCGCAGAAGUCGGCGGCGCAGGUGCUGCUACGCUGGGCCUUGCAACAGGACUUCCUGGUGAUCCCCCGCAGCAGCCAGCCCCAGCGCAUCCGGGAGAACCUGCAGGUCUUUGACUUCAGACUCUCGGAGGAGGAGAUGAAGGCCAUCUCCGAGAUCGGAAGAGAUCAGAAGUUCUGCUGGGAUCCGAAGACCGUCUCUUAG